AUGUCAACAAGUCUACCUAUUUCCCCUGAGGCACUGAGCGCGAAGGAAUUGGCCACUAUCGCGGAGAGUUGUGGAAUAUCUGUAAACGACAUCGAGGACAUCUAUGAAUGUACCGCGUUCCAGCUUUCCACUGUCGUAGAUACCGGAGGCCAUACCAGCCACGACUACACUUAUCAUCGGGCUUUGCUUCUUUCCUCAUCAACUGAUACCGACCGACUUUGUGAGGCUGUCGCUAGCGUUGUGGCACGCAACACAAUUUUACGCACACGUAUCGUUCCUUGCAGCCUCGGGGUGGUACAAGUAGUCUGCCGCAAUGGAGGAGAUGUUGAGCGAAGGUACGACACCCUGGAGGACUACCAAGAGCAGGAAAGGGCCCAGCGAACGUCAUUUGUUGGCCCGCUCUUCAGGGUCGCGCUUGUGGAUCGUACCCUACACUUCUUCAUGCACCAUGCUAUCAUGGACUACCUAAGCACACAAAGCUUAUUUGGGGAUGUCAUGAGGCUCUCCAAAGGCGAACAAGUGACUGAACGUGCUCAGUUCAAGGAAUUCGUUCAAUACUGCCGAGCGAUCGAUAAGCAAAAUGCGGACACGUUCUGGGCCUCUCGGUUUGACGGACCCGCCACCAUUUAUCCUUCAAUCAAACCUGGACAGAGUCCAAAAGCAUCAGAUCGAACCAGUUUUACCAUCCACUUGCCAUCGCUUGAGAACGUUCCACACAUCCAGAUUCCCUCGUUCAUUGAGUUGGCAUGGGCUCUCGUGUUAUCAAGCUAUGCUGGAAGUGAUAUCGUGGCUUUCGGAUUCGUCAUGUCCGGCCGGACGACUGGUAUUGGAAAGGUCAACUCUACACUAGGACCUACAGCAACUCUCGUUCCUAUACAGAUGAACCUGGACCGAAGUGUGACGAUUCAAUCACACCUCACGCACAGACUCCGCGAGCGUCGAAAACUUGCUCAAAGCAACGCUUUGCAGUAUGGGUUAUCCAAUAUUGCACGUGUAAGCGAGAACGCUAGAAUUGCGACUGGAUUCCAGACUGUGCUGAACAUCCUUUCUGCUGGCUCGUUGACACAAGCUAGUGGGACAACGGACUUCGUUUUGGAUGUCGCUAAAGAUCCAUCAUACUACAGCUUGGCACUUUUCCUUGCUUUUACAGACGAUCACAUUCAAGUUGAUGCAGACUUCGAUUCCGGAAUAUUGGAUAAAGAUCUUGUGCAAAGGCUUCUCGAGCAACUCGAAUAUUUCCUUCAGGAUCUUACCAGUCAUCCACAAUAUCGCACACUCGACGAAAUUCGACCGAUCGGUGAUUACCACCUAGAGACUGUAUCAAAGUGGAACUCAGUAUAUGCUCCUAUCUAUGACAAUUGUUUGCACGAGCUUUUUAGCAAGCAGGCCCUGGUACAGGAGUGCCGCCCUGCCAUUGAAGCCUGGGAUGGGCACGCGACUUAUGCUGAGCUAGAUGCCAUGUCAAGUAAGCUCGCAUACGACCUAGUGCAAAGGGGAUUUACCACUGGCGAUACUGCCAUUCUCUAUCUUGAUCGUUCGUUGUUCGCGAUCGUGGCCAGUAUUGCCACACUCAAAGCUGGCGGAGUGUGUGUACCAGUCAACGUUAAACAUUCUCGUAUCCGGACAGAAAAUCUUAUCAAGGGCACCGGAGCCAAGUUCGUUCUGACAUCGGACAUAGAACGCUCCCAAUCUGUUGACCUUGCUCCUAAUGUCAUCACAGUCAACGAGGCCUCGAUAGCAGCGUUGAAAAAGACAGGCCCGCUCAUCCUCCCGCACAGCUCAUCCGAAUCCGUGGCCUACAUAUUGCACACAAGUGGAAGUUCAGGCACGCCAAAGGGAGUGGUACUAGAGCAUCGAAGUCUCUCGACCGUCAUGAUGGCCUUUGCAAAGUACUAUGGCUUUCAGCAAAGAACACGUACCCUGCAAUUUGCAUCGCAUGUGUGGGACGCUUCCCUAGGCGAGAUCUUCGGCACGUUGCUUUCGGGUGGUACCAUUUGUGUCCCAUCUGAACGUGAUCGCCUAGGCAACCUUUCCGCAUACAUCAAUUCCUCCAAAGUCAACUGGACCACUCUGACGCCGACGGUGCUGCGCACACUUGAUCCCGCUGAUAUUCUUACCCUAGAAGUCGUUGGUUCUGCAGGCGAGGCUGUCGAUGCAUCAGGCGUUGAUACCUGGGGAACCAAAGUAAGAUUCUUUAAUGUUUGGGGUGUCAGCGAGGCAUCGAUGAUCAGUACAGGUGUGCAAUUGACACCAGAUUCUAUGUACCCUGACUCCAUUGGCUUCCCAAUCUGCUGCUCAGUCUGGAUUGUGAAUGCUGCAAAGGAAGAGUUAGAGCUUGUCCCGAUCGGAGCAGUUGGCGAGCUUGUCAUUGAGGGCCCAGGCGUGGCACAAGGCUACCUGAAUGAAGAUGCAAAAACUGCUGCUUCUUUCCCGAAAACGCCUAUAUGGGCACCGGAGCGGUCCGGUCAACCACCAUGGACCCGACGUUUCUACCGGUCUGGAGACUUGGCAAAGUACAACCCUGACGGCAGUAUUUGUUUGAUUGGGCGACAGGACGACCAGGUCAAGAUUAAUGGGCAGAGAACAGAGUUGGGUGAAAUCGAGAAGACAAUCUUGGCACAUGAAAACGUUCGGAGUGCUGUGGUGGUAGCACAGAAGGCUGUAACAGGAGGGUCCACUGUUCUUCAUGCGGUUCUAUCACUUCGGGACCCAACACUUCCCCAAGCCCGAGAGCUAGGGGUAUUGCGCGUUGCCGAUAACGAUCUAAAGGACAUUCAGGACUUUAUCAUGGCUAGACUGCCUGUGUAUAUGUGUCCACGAUACUGGACGGUCGUAGAGACACUUCCACGAUCUAUGUCUACAAAAAUUGACCGCACUGCUAUCAAGGAGUGGCUUUCUCAAAGAGAUGGGUCCGCUUCGGUGAUUGACAUUCACGCAGACUCUGGGAAGCCACUGACAGCACCCGAGUCUGAAGCAGAGAAGGCUCUUCAAUCUGUUUUGUGCGAUGUGCUAGCGCUGCCGAUCUCUGAAAUCGGCCGUGAAACUGGUUUCCUGAGUCUUGGCGGAGACUCUGUUACGGCUAUGCAAGUGACCGCCAAGCUCCAGGCCUUCGGGUACUUCAUCGACGCCGCAAACCUUUUGAAGAGUCGUAACCUAGCGACAGUAGCGAGCACCGCAUUGAGAGAAGAUCAGAUCACAGCAACAAAGAUCGCUGAAAUUCCACAAGAGACCGCUGAAAGCUCUGUCAGCCCCAUACAACAUCUCUUUCUUCAUAACUCAGGACCUGCUUGUACUGCGCACCACCUUGUUGUUGAUAUGGUAUCAUGGCGUAUCAUCUUACAAGACUUCGAAAACAUCAUACGCCAGUCAACGACAGCGCUAGGCAACGGUAUUUCAUUUCCUGCCUGGAUCCAACAUCAAUCAAGUUCAAUGUCAGGAAGCCUGGACCAAUGGCCUCGUGCGGACUUGCAAUUCUGGGACUUGGAUAUCGAGAAGUUUACUCAAGGCAGUCCCGUUCGAAAGGACUUCUGCCUAGAUCCAGCCGUGUCUCAAAUGCUACUCGGGCCAUGCAACACGGCUUUCAAUACAACAGCCACAGAAUUUCUUCUCGCGGCUGUGGUCAAGUCAUUCUUGGAUGUGUUCCCUGAUCGUGGUUUUCCUGCAUUGUUCGUCGAGACACAUGGUCGACAAUCUGACAAUACUGGCCUGGACGCUUCAAGGACGGUUGGUUGGUUUACGUCAAUAUUCCCCGUACUGGCCACACUAAACGCGGAGUCUUCAAUUGAGCACGUCGUUGCAGCAAUCAAAGAUCAAUAUCGACGAAGUUCUGAGAACAAUCAAGCCGCGUUCGCAUCGCGCAUGUCAGGGCCAGAUCCACUGCGAAGAAGUGAUCUCGAGAUUUGUUUCAACUUCUUAGGACGGUUGCAGCAACUCGAACAACCUGAUGGCCUCUUUAGAUCUGUACCUGCCAUGACUCCUGCCAACAGUAGAGAGCCUGUCAGAGAUUCCAUCUCCACAAGUUUGAUUAGCGUAAACGCAAUCGUCCUCGAACAGCGUCUCCAGUUUCAUAUCGAAUACAAUGGUCGAGCUUCUCACCAGGAUCGCCUUCAGCGCUGGAUAGUAGAGAUGGAGAGAUCUCUUAACACGAUGGCAAGGCACUUCGCGGAUAAAAACCCUCAACUCACGCUGGACGAUAUGCGUCUUCUCAAGACAGACUAUCCAAGCUUGAGUAGUGUCAAUCAGCAUUUAUCUUCUAUCGGGAUCGAGCCUUCUGCUGUGCAGGAAAUUCUUCCAUGUUCUCCUUCGCAGGAGGGUAUGCUAUUAGCGGAGGCCCGCUUUGAGGACAGCCCCUACUGGAUGGAGACAGAAUUGAUAUUCUCAACGUCUGAUCCACACGAGUCACUUGAUAUUCAAAAGAUUAGCGACUCUUGGCGAGCUUGGGGCCUUGCCUACUCACAGCAUGGACAUCUCCAGGAGGGACGCAAGUUCUCUGAGUAUCUUUCUUGGAUUGAAGGUCAACAAGAGCCAUCACGGUCAUAUUGGCAGAAAUACCUCAGAGGAAUUCGACCUUGCCUAGUGCUAACAUCUGAUUCCGAUCCUGGUGCUGAGUCGGGUCUUGAAGCCAGCAGAUACAUCGACACCACCUUGGAAGAUGCAAGCAGGAUUCACACGUUCUGUCAGACCCAGGGAAUCACUGUAGCCAACCUCAUGCAAGUAGCUUGGGGCUUAACACUGAAACGAAUCACUCGCGCUGCGACUGUGUGCUUCGGUACUCUCUACUCCGGACGCGACACUGUUGAGGGAGCAAAAGAGAUCGUCGCACCUCUCAUAAACAUGCUCGUAUGCAGGUUUGAUAUUUUACCCAACACGACAGUCAAAGAUCUCUGCGUGGCGUCUAUACGGGAUACGGCCAAGUUUAAGGAUUAUCCAAUAUGUCCACUAGGCGCGCUCCAAGAUUCCCUUGGCUUAGGCUCCGCUUCACUGUUUAAUACCACCUUGUCAGUCCAGCGCGGCUGGACUGAUAACGUUGCAUUGGCCGAUGGCCCUAUCAAGAUCAAAUUGGCCAAUUUUGCGAUUGUGGUCAACGUCCUGAAUUUGAAAGACAGCAUUAGCUAUAGACUCCGUUAUCGAAUUUCUCAGAUAUCCGACGAGGUAGCUACGGAAGUCUCACAAACCUUCCACCUUGCUUUGAAGCUUAUCCUUGAGGACGUUUCCAAAUCAGCCGUCGCAGUCGCUCGAUCAGCAGAGCCCGAACCAAUUAUACCAGCGCCACUAUCACUCCUUGACAAAGCUGCAGCAGAUGAUAUUCGACGGGCAGCAGCUUCUCAGUGCGAGACAACAAAAAGCCGGAUUGAGGACAUAUUUCCUUGUCUUCCCAUUCAGGCUGAGCGUUUCCAACGUUCGGGGCAGGAGCAAGACAAAGAGCGCAACUUCACACGACAUAUCUUUCGGCUCACAACAGAAGCCGAUCUAGAAAGGCUUUGCGCUGUGUUUGACAUCGCAGCGCUUGCUGUCCCCGCGGUCCGUACCAGAAUUGUUUCCAAUGAUGGACGCCUGUUCCAGGUAGUUCUGAAGUCAGGCCCACGCUGGAUGGACCACGACGACCUUGAAGAGUGUCUGGAAUUAGACGGAAGACGUGGCGUUCGAUUUGGUGGGCCGUUGUGUCAUUUUGACCGGAUUGAGGGAGACAAUAACCAACACAUUGUGGUUUCCAUUCACCACGCCAUACACGAUGACUCGACCCUGAGAAUGUUUUUCUCCUGCGUAGAAUCGGCUUACCAGGGGGGGACCUUUGACAGACUGCUGUCUCUGAAUGGCUUUGCGCAUUACAUGUCUGUUCAUCACGCCGAAUCUAAUCACUGUCGCGCUUGGUGGAAAUGGCUCGGAAGAUCAGCUGACGAAGCUUCGACAUGGCCACCAGCGCGCGCAGAUCAUACCAAAGGCACAACAAUCGCAGUUAAGCGAUUACAGAUGAAAUCAAUCCUUGACCAAAGUGAUCCUUUGGCUCUUGUUCAAGCCGCUUGGUCACUUGUCGUAUCCAGACUGACUGGGUCACAGACGGUAUUGUUUGGCACAUUUGUAAGAGGACGCGAGGCAUCGGUACCUGGUGUCUCUCGAAUGACCGGUCCAUUAGACAUGGCAAUGCCGUGCUUGAUGGAACUACCUCCCCAUGCUCAGAUUUCGGAGAUUCUAGGAACUAUGCGAAGCCAUUGGGCUGAGAUUUGCCGCUACUCUCACAUGGGCACGAACUUUGCUGUCAGCGAGAAUGCAAACACGGCAUUGGCGUUUCAUAGCCUCCUGGAUGUGAACUUCAAUAAAGGAGAGACUGGCUCUCUAUCACGGACGGUGCUUGACCCUCUCAAGAUACCGGUUGUGGAAGUCACUCUGCCCAAGGCUAGAGCUGAGCUUACCGUUACUUGUAAUUUGGAAAAGGAAAGCACAGCAAUUGUCAUGAGCUUCGAUCCUCGCAUCGUGUCGAAUGAUCAGGUAGAUGCUACUCUACGCCAGUACGAACAUGCGAUAAUACAGUUAGCGUCGAGCUCUUCCGUAGAGCAAGGGGUCACAUUGUCGCAAUUGAAAAAGCUCAGCGACUAUGAUGUUCACUUGCUUAAAAGCUGGAACUCUCGAGCCCCAGUUGGAAUCAACUCAACUCUCCAUGGGUGUAUCAGUGAAGUGGCAGCCCGUCAGCCAGCCGCGAUGGCGAUUCGAUCUUGGGACCGAAACCUGAACUAUGAACAGCUCGACAGUCUGUCAGAUAAGCUCGCAACCCAACUUGAACACUACGGGGUCAAGCCGGGCAGUGUCGUGCCAUUGUUAUGUGAGAAGUCCACUGCCACCAUAGUAAUUAUGCUGGGCAUCAUGAAGGCGGGCUCGGCUAUGCUUGGUCUGGAUGUCAAUCAUCCCCUCGACCGCUUAUCUGCAAUAUUGCACGAUGUCAAUCCACCACUGCUAUUGAGCAAUUCCUCAAAAGGUGAAGAGAUUGCUGGACUGGGAUACAGAGUCAUUCGACUUGACGCGACUCACAUCGAAAAUCUUCCCACCUCGACAUGUUUUCGAAGUGUAGCUGUCCAACCCUCAGAUGGAGCUUACGUGAUUUACACGUCCGGAAGCACUGGUCAGCCCAAGGGCAUCAUGGUCAACCACGAAAACAUCCUCGGAAACUUUCUGGAUCUAGGUGAUCCGCUUUGUAUCAAUGAGAGUACAAGGAUGAUGCAGUUUUCCAGCUUUGCUUUUGACCAGUGCAUCGGAGAAAUCUUUUUGCCGUUACUAUAUGGGGGAACACUUUGUGUUCCAUCAGAAGAGGAGCGCACAAACGAUCGAGAGGGCGCAAUCGACAAAUUCCAGGCGACCUAUUCAUUCAUGACGCCUUCGCUAGCGCAGAUGCUCAUACCAGCCCGCGUUCCCUCACUGCAAACACUCGCACUGGGGGGCGAGGCUAUCACACAGGAAUGCUUCAGUCUCUGGAGAGGCCACGUAAGACUAUUGAGUGCUUAUGGUCCUGCAGAGACUGCUUGCUUGUCAUCAUGUCCUGUCGUGAUGCCCGAAAAUAUCUUGAAUAUUGGUCGCCCGCAUUGUGCGCGGUACUGGGUCGUAGAUCAGGAAGACCACAAUGUCCUCCAGCCAAUCGGCGGCACAGGAGAACUAUUGAUUGAAGGCCCAGUCGUGACCAAAGGCUAUCUCAACAACCCUACACAAACUGAGGCUACAUUCAUCUCUGCUGAGUCUCCGCCUACGUGGGUAAGAGACCUUGGACUAUCCUCCACUCACAGAUUCUACAAGACUGGCGAUAUUGUUGUUCAGGAAGCGGAUGGAACAGUAUCUUACCGGCGCCGAAAGGAUUCUCAAGUGAAGCUACAUGGAAACCGGAUCGAAUUGGAGGAGAUUGAGUACCACAUCCGCCGUCAUUUAGAUGCACAGUGGCUACUAGCUGUUGUUCUUAGCAAGCCAAAUGGCUCAUUGGAUCCUGUGCUGAUUGCAUUCAUGUCCGAAGCUGCUUCCAACACCAAAGUUUCGCAUUCGAUGGGGACAAGCAGCGUAGAUGAUUUGCUCCCUCCACGACCACGCAAUUGGGUUACAACUGUGCGAGACAGCAUCGCAGACUCACUCCCGGCGUAUAUGGUUCCCGACUAUUAUGUUCCAACAAAAUCGUUAACCCUGAACGUCUCUGGGAAACUGGACCGAAAGCGAUUGGCCAAUCUUGGUGAAAGGUUGAGCAUUGAAGUGCUGCAGAACUACCAUUGGCGUCACGAGUCACCUAAUUCACCGUAUUCUGUCUUGACAGAGAGAAGGAUACUACCACCGAAUCCGAGAGAACAAGCAAUGCAGCGACUGUGGUCGCAUGUGCUAAAAGUUCCCGAAAGCUCACUCUCACCCACAAGCGAUUGGCACUUGGUCGGGGGCAAUAGCUUGAGAGCCAUUCAGCUUGUCGCAUCUGCACGUCAUGAAGGUUUUGCGAUCACAGUAGCUGACGUUUUCCGGAACCCUAUCCUAGGUCAGCUAGCCAACAUGGUCGUCAAGGGUGAAGUUGGACAGAAAGAACCCUCAAAGCUACCUGCCUUCGCCUUGGUUCGCGACUAUGUCGACGCUGCUCGCGAUCACGCAUGUAGGGCUAUUGGUAUACCUAUGGCCCAGAUUGAGGACAUUCUUCCAUGUACGCCACUGCAAGAGGGCAUGAUCGCUGUUACUUCAAGAAGGUCCAAUGCCUUCAUUGGAAAGACAGAACUGGAACUGCAUUCUACAGUCGACAUUAAACUUUUCAAGCGAGCGUGGGAGGAGUUGGUCGCGAAUACUCCAAUCUUACGGACCCGCAUUGUCGAUAUACCAAAUCGGGGACUUGUUCAAGUCGUAGUCAACCAGCCAGUUGAGUGGAUAGCCUAUGACCAGGAUGAACAUUAUCAGGACCCUUUGGAGGGUAGUAUGCCACUAGGAGCACCACUUCAACUUGUUGGGGUCCGGCAGAAAUCGAACGGUACGUGGUACUGGGAGGUGGUAUUACACCACGCUAUCUACGACGGCUGGAGCUUGAGCCUCAUUAUUGAUGCGCUGAAGUCAAUAUACUUUGGACUUCCUAGCCCAAGUUUGCUGUCAUUUGAUGGAUUUGUGAAGGAACUACCUCAGGCCCGUUCAGAAGCCGGGUUGACAUUCUGGAGGAAUCAAUUUUCCGACUUGAACGUGAAGCAUUUUCCCAGCCUACCGGCGGCGUCUUACAGACCGGAGCCGGACGCUGAGCAUCGGCAUAUCAUCGAUCUUCCAGGGCCUCCUAUGGGGUUCACUCUAGCCACAGCAGUACGGGCAAGUUGGGCGGCCAUUCUUUCGUUGUAUACCGGUCGAGCUGAUACAGUCUUCGGCUGUGUUUCGAACGGCAGGCAAGCGAACAUACCAGGCAUCGAGCGUAUCGCUGGGCCUACACUUGCCUCUUUCCCUAUACGCAUCAAGGUGGAGCCCGAAAAUACGGUCCGUCAAUUUCUUCUAAAGGUCCAAAACCAAGGACUACAGAUAAUGCAGUGGGAGCAAACCGGUCUGCAAACGAUUGCCAAAGUCAGCCCCGAAGCAGAUGCAGCUUGCCGAUAUCAGACCCAGCUCGUUUUCCAAGAUAGCUUGCCGGAAGCAAAAGAGGAAAGCCAACUGUUCAAAUCGAGUCGGUUCGUUCACCAGGAUAGGCAGCAUCCGAUGAGUGCGUACGGAAUACUGCUUGUGGUUACGGAGGGCAAACACAAUAUUGAAGCUCAAUUCGUUUUCGACUCAAACGUCAUUGAUAGUCGGGCGAUAUCAAGAUUGGCCAUACAUUUCCAGGAUAUCUUGCAGCGGGUAUGCUCACCGAGUCUGCAAGAGUCUACCACGGUUUCAGAAGUUCAGGAAGCUGGUGAUGCCGAUCUUAGAUCGAUUUGGGACUGGAAUUACUCGGUCCCUAAACCAGCGCUCGAAUGCGUCCACAACAUUCUUUCGACGAAAGCCCAGAAUCAGCGCCAGGCACCCGCUGUCGACGCUUGGGACGGUAAAUUGACUUAUGGAGAUUUUGAUGACUUAUCCACGGGUCUGUCGUCUCAUUUGAUCAAUCUGGGCGUUACGCAGGAAAUAAUCGUACCUCUAUUUCUGGAGAGAUCUUGUCUUACACCUGUUGCAGCUAUGGCUGUUAUCAAAGCGGGUGGGGCUGCGUGUAUUUUGAAUGUCUCGCAGUCAAGAGAGGAAAUACAGGCGGUUUUGAGUACAGUUCGUCCUGUGGUCAUGAUGGCCUCGGAGGCGCAGUACAAAAGCGUUUGCCAACUUAGUAACGUUCCUGUCGUCAUGGUCAGUCGAGAACAAGUUGAACGCUUCCUUACUGCGACAGUAACAACCAAGCGCUCAAUAACAUCUUCUGACAACGCACUCUAUGUAACUUUCACAUACAGUACCCCGGGGACACCGAAAGGCGUCGUCGCAACACACGGUAAUCUCAGCAGUGCUUUUGUGCACCACUCCAGAGACCUCAACAUGAAGCCCGAUAGCAGAGUCUUGGAUUUCUCGUCUUGUUCAUCCGAUGCAUUCUGGUUCAAUCUCCUCCACACACUUCACAAUGGCGGCUGCAUCCUACUUCCCACAGAACAAGACCUACAGAGUAAUGCGUCUGAAGCAAUCAGUCGUUUCAAACCAAACUACAUCCAUUCAACUCCAACGAUUAUGGAACACGUAAACAGCCAAGUGCUUGGCGACCUCGAAAACGUCAAUCUCACCGGCGAAACAGGUGCGGAUGCACUGGUAUCAAAAUUGAGGAGUACAGUGGCUCGGGUGAGCAAUAUGUACGGUUCGUCUGAGAGCACUACUUUUGCGUGUUUCAUGAAGGACUUCGAUAACCCUACACAUAUCGGCACCGCAGUCGGAUCUGUUUCAUGGGUCGUCAACCCUUCCACGAAUCGGUUGACACCCAUUGGAUGCAUAGGAGAGCUUUGUCUUGAAGGUCCACUGAUUGCGCGUGGUUAUCUAGACAACGAGCAGAAGACAAAAGCAGCCUUCGUCAAGAAUCCACCUUGGCUCCUGCAAGGCGUACCGGGCGAUCAACAGAGUGGCCGAGAGGGAAGUAUAUAUCGCACUGGGGAUUUGGUCAAAUACGAAGAAGACGGUUCCUUGACAUUCGUUGGACGCAAAGACAAUCAAGCUACCCUUGGUGGGCUCAUGAUCGAGACAGAUAAAUUGUGCUCGCGCAUAGUCCGGCAUCUGAAUGAGACAGGUCAACGCAGAGUUCUCAGGGUGAUUGCAGAGUUUCCGUCAAACGGACAGAGUUAUGCAAUCGUGUUCUUCGUUGUGCUGGAAGGCGCAAACACUAUGUCAGAAAGCGAAUUACAGCACUCAGUCAUAGAGAUGACAGCUGGACUGGACGGGCAUCUGGAGGACCUCCUACCUCGAUCGAAUAUCAGGAUCGUUUACCUUCCGUUGGCUAGCACACCAUUAGCAUCCACUGGUAGAGUGGACCACCGAAAGCUUUCAGCCUUGGCCACUUCGCACCUGCAUUCACAGCCUGGUCAACCCGUCGAAACUAUGGAGACGCCAUUCGAUGAUACCGAGUCUGCAUUACGGAAAAUAUGGAGUGAGGUUCUUGCUGUACCAGUACGCGAAAUCUCACUUGAUUCCCGUUGGAUUCGAAUUGGAGGCGACUCCAUCACCGCAAUGCAAGCUGUUGGAAAAGCUCGAGACCUGGAAAUCAAUCUCCAAGUAUCCGACAUCAUCAAGCUGCAUACCAUCCGACGUAUCUCUGCUGCGAUCAAGAGCAGGAGUCAUUCUAAGACGAGUCAAAAGCUGACUACUGAGGGCACUCGGUUUGCCUUGGCACCAAAUCAGCAGUGGUACCUUGAGCACCAUCGCAUAGAGUAUUGUUUCGAUGCUCCUUUUCUUCUUGCCUUUACUCGAGUCAUAACACCUGAAGAACUUCAAGCCGCUAUCCGAGCCAUAGUACAGAAGCACAGUAUGUUGAGGGCCCGCUUCACAAAAACGGCUUCAGAUGUGUUCGAACAAUGUAUUCAGCCCGACUCAAGCGCGUGUUAUCACUUUGCCAGCUACGAAGACAUUCACCAAGACCAAGUAGGGGUCCUCAUUCGGCGCCAGCGAGAACGACUGAAUGUGGAGGCAGGGCCCAUGCUCGUUGUCGCGCUGUUCGAGCUAACGGACCAUACUCAAUCUGUGUUCUUGAGCGCGCAUCAUUUCGUCUCGGAUCACAUGUCUAUGCAGAUAAUCAUAUCGGACCUGGGCGAUCUUCUAUCAAACCGGCCGCUACAACCCAUGAGAUCUACCGAAUUCCAGUCAUGGCUGACUGCUCAACGCAAAUACGCAGAAAAGCACCUUCAUCCUGAUACCAUUCUUCCCCACCAUCACAAGGUUACUGGUCCGCAACUGGGAUACUGGGGUUUGACCGACGAAGCUAUCACGACAAAUCCUAACAUCAGAACCCUCACCAUUGAUGCGACUACUAGCUCGCUGAUUCUGAGCGCCGCUGAUCGCAUAUUCCGGGCCAAGGUAGACCAGAUUUUAAUUGCGGCACUACUAUACGGCUUCCGCCAAGCCUUUCCAGAUCGUUCUCUCCCACCCUGCGUCACCACAAGUCAUGGACGUAUAGCUCCCGCAGAGCUUGAAGUAGAAUUGAGUCAAGUCGUGGGUUGGUUCACUACACUGCUUCCUGUGCGACUAGCCGACUCCGAACAGAGCCUUCCCGGACUCGCGGCAACGGUCAAGGCCGUCAAAGAUGCCAGUACGAACCUGUCGGAUCGCGCUUGGGAAUCGAUGGCCUCGCGAUACCUACAUCCAGCUGGCAAAAGUCUCCCAACAGAACCCUUGGAAGAGCUUUUCCUCAAUUUUGUCGGUGAUUUCAAGCAGGUUAAGCAAGAAAACUCUGUGUGGAGGAUACUGCCUUUACCCCCAGACUCAGAGCCAGAAAGUGUCCGAAGUGUUCGAUUUGCAUCUGCGUUCGAAGUCCAUGGAAUUUAUAGCAGUGGAGAGCUGGUAUUCACGAUUAGGACAGUCUUAGAGGAUAGGUUUACGGAAAGGUUGAUGGAAUGUUUCAAAGAAGCACUGGUGGAAAUUGGUACUAUGAGCUAG